CUUCAUCUCUAUAAAUAAUGCGUAUGAUCCACUACUCUUCUUGUUCAAAUUCUUAUUUCUUCUCCAGGGAAACAAUAUGCCUUUCUUCUGUGCGUUUUCAAUAACUCCAUUGAAUCAACUACUGGUAUUAUUGUUAUUAUGCAUAAUGGUAGUAGUAAAUUCAGAACCUCAGAUAAACCUAUUAGACAAAGGUUGUAGCUUAUAUAACGCAACAAGACAAUCAUUAUUCUUCUCGAAUCGCGAUUCGACGUUUUCAGAUCUUCGUAAGAAAUUGAGUAGUGGUGGUAAUAUUCGGUUUGCAACUGCAAAAACAGCUAUAACGUCUGACCCUGUAUAUGGGAUGGCACAGUGCAGGAAUUACCUCUCUACUUCUGACUGUUUAUCUUGUUUUUCUGCUGCUGUUUCUCAAAUUCGAAAUUGUUCGUCUGCUAAUGGCGCUAGAGUUAUUUACGAUGGUUGCUUCUUGAGGUACGAGAGCAAUGGAUUUUAUGAUCAGACAACACUCCCCGGUAACUUCGGUACUUGUGGUAACAAAACUGCAUCACAAGCAGGUGCUUUCAAUACAUCAGUUGAUGGGUUGCUAUCAGACCUUGUCAUUGCAACGCCAAAAAUAGUAGGGUAUUUUGCAGCAACAAAGAGAGAAAUAGCCAGUGGGAGUAACAAUUUUGUAUACGGUGUGGCACAAUGUGCUGCAACAGUGAGUGAAACUGGAUGUAUAGAUUGCUUAGCUGUGGCACUAAAAAAUAUAGCAAGUUGCCCUCCUAAUACUGAAGGGAGAGCAGUGGAUGCAGGAUGCUUUUUGAGGUAUUCGAAUACGGCGUUCUUCAGCGACAACCAAACAAUGGAACUCGCACCUUUCUUGAAGACAAAAGGAGUUUCAACCAAAAAGAAAGCUGUCAUUGGAGGCGUCGUUGGAGGGGUUGCUUUCAUAUUGUCUCUGGUUGCUGUCAUUAUAUUAUUGAAGUUACUCAAACGAAGACCUAAGGAGGCUCGUAAAGGGAAUAUUUUAGGGGCAACUGAGUUAAGAGGACCGGAGGUCUUCGGUUAUAAAGAUCUUAAAUCUGCAACAAGAAAUUUUAGUGAAGAAAAUAAACUUGGAGAAGGAGGAUUUGGAGAUGUUUACAAGGGUAUUUUAAGGAAUGGGAAAAUUGUUGCAGUCAAGAAACUUGCAUUCAUCCAGUCUAGCAGAGCAAAAAUAGAUUUCGAUAGCGAAGUGAAGCUAAUUAGUAAUGUCCAUCAUCGGAAUCUUGUUCGACUUCUUGGUUGUUGUAGUAAAAGCCAAGAACUAAUAUUGGUUUAUGAAUACAUGGCAAAUAGCAGCCUUGACAAAUUCUUAUACGGUGAGAAGCGAGGGACGCUAAAUUGGAAGCAGCGAUUUGAUAUAAUUGUUGGCAUUGCCCGAGGACUAUCAUAUCUGCAUCACGAGUUUCAUGUUUGUAUUAUACACCGGGAUGUAAAGUCCAGUAAUAUACUUCUAGAUGAUGAUUUCCAACCUAAAAUUGCCGAUUUCGGUUUGGCAAGACUUCUUCCAGAGGAUCAAAGUCAUCUAAGCACUAAAUUCGCCGGAACCUUGGGUUACACGGCACCAGAGUACGCAAUCCAUGGUCAGUUAUCUGAGAAGGUUGACACUUACAGCUAUGGUGUAGUUCUUCUUGAAAUCAUAAGCGGUCGAAAGAGCAACGAUAUAAAACUUGAACCUAUGACUCAGUACCUUCUAGAAUGGGCUUGGAGAUGUUACGAGGACGAGACAUUGAUGGAUUUAGUAGAUAAAGAUUUAGACGCAAAUGAGUACGAACCGCACGAAGUAAAGAAAGUAUUAGAGAUUGCUUUGACAUGUACACAGUCAUCAGUUUCACUGAGACCAACAAUGUCUGAAGUUGUUGUUAUGUUGUUAAGCAGAGACUCCCAAAAGUUAAGUCCAACUAGACCUACAUUCAUUGAUGCGUUUAGUAGGGUUCGAGGAGAUACGUCCACGUCAACCGCUGGUUCAUCCACGUCCAAUGCCACUGUUUCAUUUACUGAAGUCUCGAGCCGGUGACAAUUGAUAUGUAUUUCUACUGAAGUGUUCCAUUUUAAGUCUAAUCCGAACGCCUAGUGAAGGUGUACAGACAUUGGUUACUCGUAAAAGCAGUGUGUAGAGUACUUACAAUUUGGAAUGUUUAAUAUGGGAUUGAAUAACAUCCUUAUGAUUCAGUGUGGGGGAAAUGGGAUUAAACUGAGGCAAUAUAGCUUCCCCAAUAAAUAUCACUCACCGCGUAUGGUCUCUAACUUGUAUAUGUAGGGGAGAAAAUAGUGAAUUGGUUAUGGAUUCGAUUAAGUAGUCAAACUAAUAGCCAACAUGUUUUGUUCUAA